AUGAGACCAGUGUGGAAGAUUUGGAGCUGGCGCAAUGAGGUUCGGCAUGGGACUACUAUAUUGGAUCUAUCUAUAAGGGAACGCAUUAUUAGUAAUCUAGUGAGGAAGGUAGAUCAAGCUUUUAAUUCAUCUAAUAGUCAUCAAUUGGGUAGAAGGACUGUGGUUGUUAACAUUGCGUGGCAGUUUUCGGAAGCUGGUUGUGUUAAGAUUAAUACUGAUGGUGCUGCUAGAGGGAAUCUGGCCUUCAAAGCUGAAUUGUGGGGAAUCCUUUGUGGUUUGGAGCUUGCGUGGAGUGAAGGUUUCUGUUAUAUUGAGAUUGAAAGUGAUUCAAAGAGUGCUAUAUAUGUGCUCACCAAGGAUGGUAUAGCAGUCCGUGAGGGUCAUCUGAUCACUUGGAUACAGACAUGGUUAUAA